AUAGUAUUAUCCAUAGACCUCUGCCUUUUGUCAUCUAUGUAACUAGUUAUGUCGCUCUUUUCUUACAUACAGUAGUUACUGUACCUGUACCUAACCUAGCACCUACACUUAUAACACCGGCGCAUACAACAAACACAAACACUUAAACACUCCCAACAUAAAAUCGCAUAUUUGCCUGAUAUCUGCCUGAUAUCUACAUCUUCACCUCACACUACCGCCAAGAUGAUGAUCAAGGUGCGAACCCUCACGGGCAAGUUGAUCUCCCUCGACGUUGAGCCCACCUCCAAGAUCGAGGAUGUCAAGAAGAAGGUCGAGGAGAAGGAGGGUAUCACACCUGACCAGCAGCGACUUAUUUACGGUGGAAAGCAAUUACAUGACCAGGUGACCAUGGCUGAAGGAGGCAUUGUCCCUGACGCCACGCUACAUCUGGUCCUGACUUUGCGAGGCGGUUCGCAUUAAGCAUAUCCUCACCCGAGCCCCAAACUCAAGUCGCGCGCGCUUUUUAUUCCUCCCCGUUGCAGCUUUAAACCGAUCGAAGACAGACUACCCACCAAUAGCAAUGGCAGAUAGUUAUUUAGCUACGCCGCCUAAGGCAACAAAGGCUAAAGGGGGGAACGAAAGAUCUGAUGAUGAUGAUGACGACAAUGACGAUAUCCACGCAAGGGAGGUGGUAGAAUGAUGCGAUUUUUUGGCCCAAAGAAAAAAACACACAUGGAAGCCUCGCAUAUCAAAUAGCGUUGAACUCGAGCCCACCUCUCGUUGCCAAACAAAGAGAGAGAGAGAGAGCUGAUUCCACCUUACCUUACCUAGAUUUUGCAUCACCGAUGAUCCGGUCCAUAGCCCUGGAGACAAAUACAAAAAAGAAAUAAUCAUCAUGACCACAACGGUAUGAUGCUUUUAGAAGCACCCCGGAAUUCACACCUCUUGACUUUACGAGACUUGCUAGAUUUCUAUUCUGUAGGUAGGUACCUAGCCUAUACGCUGAUUUAUCAAGCGCCUGCCUUUAGUAGAUGUAGAACUCCGGGUAGGUAGUACGACUAGAGACCGAGUUCACACGGAUAC